GUACAUCCCUGCCGCCAACUCAGUCGGUAGGAAUCAAUGUUCACGAUCACGUGGAGGCGACAUUUGCCGAUUUGGUGAAAUUUGCGGUAUGGUUAGUUGCUCACGUGUAUUUAUGUGAGCAUUUCCUACCAAAAUUUCGAAAAGUUUGUGCUAAACAACGCGGCAAACAUGUGCAGACUGUGCGGGAACUAACGUUGCGUCGAUCCGUGUAUAAAUAAUCCAAGUGUACUGUUAAAAACAAAAGGUGUAAAUAAAAAUAUGUAAGCUGGUGUUCCUAACCUAUAAACCGUGCGUACUAUUAAAAGCGAAUAUUACGUAAAAAAAGUGGACAAUUCCGUGGAAUUAGUGUUCGGAGGGACGUUUUGUGGAUAGAACUUGAUGGUAGUUGCCCAUUUUGGCACAGUUUGGCUGUAAGAACGACUUGGUGCAGUGGUGGUGUUAUUGACCGCAAAUAUGGAUACGAGUCUGUUAAAUUUAGAGGAGCACUUUUCGACGUAUCACGACUAUGGAGAGUCCGAUGAUCGAUCGAGUUUAGGUGACAACAAUAGGGGGUUUUUCAAUGAGUGGGAAGAUGAAAGAGAGUUGAACGGGGAUAUUGGGCUCAUUCCGGAGUCAAGUAGUUUUUGUGAAACCUUGAAAGACAUGUCUGAUCCGACUGACUCACCAACGUCUGUUCUUUUUCAUAAGAUGAUUGAUUGGUCUGCGUAUAUUUAUGUGGAUGGUGUCGAGAAUUUUUCUCAAGAUUCGAUAUCAAAUCCUAUGUUGGAAUUAAACGAAUAUAAAGAGCGUCCUAGUCUCGACGGCAAAGAUUUAAGUAACUUUGAUCUCGCUACAUACAUAAACGAACCAGAAGACACAAGUCCAGCUAAAAGAAAAGUAAAAUCUGCCGGAAAAAAAAUCGAUAAAGAAGCACAAAGAUAUAUUAUCGAUGAUAAAAACGAUAAGUUGGACACCAGUGAUGAAAUCGACGUAGAAACUAUAUCAGAGGGUACAAGUUUACCCGUUUUAGAGGCAAACGAUGCUUUUAGUCUUUUGGAACAAUUUGAAGCUUCCGAAAAACCGAUUUUGUCCAAAACUAGCACAAACUUAACCGAUUCGUUCGGAUUUAGCAGUAGUUUAGUAAAUAAUAUAGAAAUGGAGGUUAAUCAAAUCCCCCGUAAUCCUAUCGAAAUAUUCGAGAAAGUUCCGCAAACUCCUAUCGACAUAUUCGAAGAUGUAAAAGUCGAACCUCCAGUAGUGGAAGAAGUAAAAGUGGAAGAAGCAAAAGUGGAAGACGCAAAAGUGGAAGAACCGAUGGAGAUCGAACCGGUUUCGAUCAAACAAGAAGAAAUCAAAGAUGAGGGAAAAUCCAAACCACCGACUUCUGAAUCACAAACUUAUGUUAAAAAUAAGCAAAUCCUAGACGCUCUACCUCAAGAAUUGAUUGCACGUAUUAACGAAUCCGGCAAACGUAAAACCAUAACUGUGAUACCUCCUAUUCCAAAUAAGAAACGAGGUGCUGUGCGUUCAGUGGAUGCCGUCUCUCAACACCGUAACAAAAUCGCUAAAACUUCCCCCAACGAACAAGUGCAAUUAGAUCACGAUUAUUGCGCUGCUGCUUCCCCGUAUCCGAAAGAACCGAGAAAAGAUUCAGGUUUUCAGUCUGAGGAGGACGAUCGAUCCGUGAUUCGCAACCAACCAACCGUAAAAACCGCUGAUGGUAAACUCAUGGUCUCUCUACUUAAAGUAAACACGAUACACAGCACGAAUCAGAAGAAGAAACUUAACUUAGAAGAGUAUAAAAAGAGGCGCUUUAUUAACUCUAACAUGGCGUCACAGAGCAAUUCGCCGAUUAAUAGCAAUUGCAGCUCGCCGCUGCCUGAAGAUGAGAAUUUGAAACGUCUUAAGCACCACGAGCUCUUGAUGAAAAUGGCUUCUGAUUUAUUGAAAACGCAGGCCAAGUCGGCAAAGUCGAAUGAAGCGACUGUUGCUCCUCCGAAACCGCCAGUUCCGAGUCCGCCUCAGGUAGUUUUGGCUCCUGCUCCUGAGAGAAUCGUGCCUCCUCCAGACUUAGAAGUAAAAACUUAUGUUAGCAUCGCCACGAACACCGAUAUUUCGAGUAUCAAUUGUAGCAAGAGUAUUAUAGCUUCGACUAGGCAGCUUGAGGAAAUUAAGCCGUUGUUGAAGAAAGUUAGCGAUAAAAUUAAUAGCAACUCGUUCAUCACAUCAUUGAUUGAAAAUAUUCCGAAAGCUAAGACACGGGUUAAUACGUAUAUUAAAUCGGAAAAUCAAGAAGUGGUCAGAGAGGAUAAGAUUAUUCACUAUUUAAAGAAAGAUCGAGUGCCCGCUAAGACGCGCAGUGUCGGCUCACAGACAGAGUUUGAUGAGGUCAAUCUAGAUGAUGAUGAUGAUGUGCAGAGUAGAUACAGAAGGAGGAUAGAGGGAGGCAGCAGUCCUGGUUCGUCUUCCAGCGGAAGUUCUCGUUCUGGACGCAGCAGAAGACGCACUAGUUCAAACUCUUCCCGCCACUCUCGUAGUUCGCGUAGUUCAGAUUCACCUUUAUCGACUUCUUCUAGAUCCUCUCGAUCACGAUCGAUUUCUCCAAAACGUGGAAGGCAGUGUAGUGCUGAACGUCUACGAGAAGUAGAGGAACGUAGGGUUAUUUAUGUGGGAAGGAUCGCUUCCGGUACCACAAAGGACGAUUUGAGAAGGCGUUUUGCACAGUUUGGGCCUAUCACGAAUGUUAGCUUACAUUUUAGAGAUUAUGGGGACAAUUUUGGGUUCGUUACUUUUGCUAACAAAGAAGAUGCUUAUGAGGCUUUGGAGCACGGAAAUGAUCAUGUGUAUCCAAAGUAUGAUUUGAGUUUUGGGGGACGAAGAAUUUUCUGUAAAACUACAUAUUCAGAUCUAGAUAAUAUGCGCGAGGACGAUUAUACUUACUAUCCAAACAGGGCUCCAGAUUGUAGUUUUGAUGCAUUGUUGAGAGCAGCGCAGGAAAAAAUUCGCAAACGGAAAUCUUGACAAACUUUGCUUUAUAGUUAUACAAAUUUUAAGCUAAUAGUUCAAUGCAUUCUCCUGUUUAUUUGAUGUAUUUCGUAUUUUAUUUUAUUUUAUUUAAGUCCAGUAUAUUUAUUUAUUAGAACUAAUUUGGGAUUGACAACAUGAACAACGUUUACAGUUUUAACAAUAGUUAGGCUUUUACUGAGUAAUCGCUUAUGAUCAUGGUUGUAAAUCGACUGAUAAUGUUAUGGUGAUUUUAGAGUUUAACAUUAUGAUGUAGGAACGAAUUUUAGAACAGUUCCGCCUCAUGCAACAGUAUCCGUAGUCAGGCCACACAGGUUUGCGAUUGUAUAUUUUGAAUUCUAUUUUUUUAAGUUCUUGUAAAGUUAGGUUAGAAGGUAAGUUAGGUAAAUGAUCUGUUAUGCGCCCAUGAUUAGAAGCGAUUCUUCAGUUGUUGAAUGUGUUUCCCAUGGGCUGUGUAUUUUCUAUUUGUACAUAUUUUGUUAUUUUUUAAAUAAAUGUUAACCCAGCUAAUUUUGAAUUAUUCCUCUUGCCUCUCUCCCAAUUUUCGUGAGAGGUCAGAGGCAUAAUCAAAUCAGAUCAAAUGUAAAUUGACGAUUGCUUAGGUUGGUAUCAGAUGAACAUUUUUAUUUUUGUCAAUUUUAGCUAUUAAUUAUUAAUAAAAGCCAAUGCAGGCA